AAAGUUCUAUGCAAACUUGUUUUAUAACAAAAAUAUGUGAUAGGUUUUGUUUUCUUCUCCAUUUCAUCAUCAGUUCCGCUAACCUGAUUGAAUUGAGUCUAGGGUUUCAAAGGAAAAGAAGAAGAAAAAUCCGAUAAACACAAGCUGCAGAAAAACUUAGAUCGGAAAAGAGAAAAUGAGAGGAAUCGGAGGACCCCUUUUAUGCAUCGGAGAUCUCCUCAGCGACGUCGGAGAAGAAAAUGAAGAUGGAGGAACAACCUCUUCCUCCUAUCAUCCCUCUUCUAAUCCUUCUUCUCUUUCAGAUCUCAACAACAACAACCAACCACUUCCUGACCUCACCAAACUCUUUCAGGAAAACUACUAUCACCUUAACGAAGCUCUCAAUGCUACCGAUCAUUCUUGGACUUCUCUCACUUUGAAGUUAUGUACUUCUCUAGAUACUGCAAACAAGCUGGUUCAAUGUACCAAUUCAAAUGUUGCUUCCUUGUUGGAGAAGGUUGAGGAGCUUGAGAAAAUUGUCAAGAGAGGAGAUUCUGCUAUAGCGGCGACAAAAGCAUUUUAUGUUGCUCCUGAGAACAAUAGCAAUUCCUUCAAGUGAUACAAGGUUAACAAAACUGUACAUUAUGUCUUGAUGAUUAUAGGUAAACUUUUUCUUUUGCUUUUGGAAAUAUAAAAAAAAUGUCUUCUCUUCGUGGAAAAGCGAAAUUCAACUCUGAAAAGUAUGUGAACUGGUUGUGUAUUUUGCAACACGAAUCAUCUAUAACUAGAAGUGUGGUUUCUUCUAAUUUACGAUCA